UUCUGUACAUGUCUGGAGCGCUUCACACUGACUAUGUCAGUUAGUAGGACCGCCUGAUACAGUAGCCGACGUAACGUGAAGCCGGUGUCAAUCUGGGCCAAUCUUGGGCACUCUGUGGCAGCCUCUUGCAGCAUGGACAAUACAAGCAAAUGGUGGCCGAAAUGGUGCGUGCGUCACACCAACAUGUACAUCUACAGCAGUCACUUCUUGUCUUCAUGGGGAGAUCACAUGUGGAUAUUCGGGUCUGGCCUGCUCUUGGUGGAGAUCCUACCCGAGUCCCUGCAACUGACGGCCAUCUACGGUCUGAGCGUGGGUGUAGCGGUGCUACUGUUCGGGGCACUGAUCGGAGACUGGGUAGACAGGACAGGGAGACUUCGAGCCGUCCAGACAGCACUGAUAUUACAGAAGACAUUUAUUGUACUGUCUGUUACGGCUGUCUGUGGCUACCUGUGGCACAGAGACUCAACGGAGGAACCUAUGGUGGGCUGGAAGCGCAAUCUCUGUUACGGAUUCAUAAUCCUGUUCGCGGUGUUGGGUAAUCUGGCCCAGGUUGCACGUGUCAUUACCAUAGAGAGAGACUGGGUUGUGGAAAUCUGUGGUGGGAACAGUGAUAUGCUGGCCAGUAUGACAGCUACAUUGCGCCGGAUCGACCUGGGAACCAUGGUCCUUGCUCCGAUCGUCACGGGUCAGAUCAUGACUCAUGUCGGUCUGAAGAUCGCUGGUGUGUUUAUCGGCGUGUGGAAUGCUCUCUCCGUCUUCUUCGGCUACUAUCUCAUGUGGAAGGUGUACCAGACUGUGCCAUCUCUCAGGAAGGAUAAGAAACUUUGGAAAGAUAAAGGCCUCGGUUCCUCAAUCCUCCAUGAAGACAGCCAUAUAAAGUUGUCAGAUGUCACAGGCUACGCAAAAGUCAACUUUAAAGAACCUCUGGUGCCAGAAAACGUGACGGCGUUGGACGACCCAGCAAAACCACCACUUGCUGAAAGGGAGAAUGACGUCGAUGAUGGAGACACUAGCUGCAUGAGCCGCAUGCUGUACAGUUUCAUAGUGCUGUACCGGGGCAUGCAAACCUACAAGAAGUAUGACGUCUUCCGUGCGGGCCUUUCCCUCGCGUUCCUCUAUCUGACUGUCCUCGGAUUUGACGGGAUCACUGUAGGCUACAUAUACACACAGGGCGUGUCAGAGUCCACCCUGGGGCUAUUGAUGGGCGGGGCAGCCUUGAAUGGCGUCUUCGGAACCAUGGCGUACCCGGUGAUCAGGCGUCGAAUAGGCAUCGUGAGAACAGGACUCUUUGCACUGGGAGCUCAGUGGAUCUUCUUAACACUGUGUGUCCUUUCUAUCCUCUUGCCCGGAAGUCCCUUUGACCCUUACUACUGGUCCAGGUCGCCGACAGACCUAACCGACAUUGUCAACUGCACUUAUAUCAACGCUUCCGUCGCAGACGUGGUUCCACUCGGGGCGGGGUUGUUCAACGUCACUGCUGAUGGUGCUGGGGGUGCCUGCCAAGGGAUGGCAUCGACACCAAUGUCAAUCAUCUCCAUCUGUGUAUUUAUGACUGGCAUCAUUGGAAACAGAUUUGGGGUAUGGAUGGCGGAUUUGACCAUUACCCAGCUGUUUCUCGAGACCGUGGAGGAAUCUGAAAGGGGUGUGGUUAACGGAGUACAGACGUCAAUCAACAUGCUAAUGGACAUGCUGAAAUUUGCACUUGUGGUUGCUUUGCCACGCCCCCCACUGUUCGGGUUUCUGGCAAUCAUAUCGUUUUGUUCCGUCACUACAGCCGAUAUACUGUAUGCAUCAUAUUCAAGAAAAGCGAGAGGCCACCUUUUCCAUUUUGCUGAUUGCGGGACGCCAGGACAGAAGACGAGAACUCAAGAAAACAACUUAAAGGCUUAAACGGCAUACAUAUACUAUUCUUCUUAUCUAAAGUUCAUUGAGUCAUGAGAUUUUAUAUUGAUGAGAGCAAGCCAUUUGUUUUUGAAUGUUCUUUAGAAAACACGAUAAGAUAACAAAAUGGAUCCAUCUUGAAUAACACUGAAAGGUUAUUUUUAAGUACAAUAUCUAAUAUGGCUGUCAAGAAAUUAGGUCCUCGUUUAAUUUGGGCUCAAGCUUAAUAUUUUUUAUAUUUAGAUUUAAAUAAGAAUACAUCCAAAUUUUGAUUAAGCAACAAUACCAAUUUCUGUGCUCUUUACACAAACAAAGAUGACGUUAUUAUUAGGUAUGUACGGCAGUUUGUUAGAAAAAGUGAAUCUGAGGAGUUAUAUAUAUAUAUUCUUAAAAACAAUUAUCAUAAAUUCAUUUUUUAUAGCACUUUUGGUGUACUUUACACAAACUAAGGUGACCUUAUCAUGAGGACUGUACCGCAGUUUGUCAGCGAAAGAAAAUCUGAGAGGUCAUAAUCUUUUUACCGUGAAACAGUUUAAAGUGGUUUGUUGUGUACAUAGCCCUAAAGGCUGAUCGUUUAUCCUGCAUAAUUAUGUUUGAUUUUCGAAUAUAAAUAACUUGAUAUCAUCGUUUCAUUUGCCUUUCAUAAUACAGCUAUUUGCACAUUAUCUUUCUGGCUUUCUCAGCCUAUAUAAAGCCACAGUAUCUUCACGCAUCAUACCUGUUAAAUGUUUAUUUUAGUUAUUUUCACCUAUUGUUCUGGUUGUUUGCAUAAUAUUUGUAUUAAAAUGUAAAAAAAUGGUUUCCUUUGUUUGUAUAUAACAUUUUGGAAUAAGGUUAUUUAUUAUGAUGAUCAUGUCAUUUACGUUUACACGUGGACAAAACGUGCAUAAUUUAUCAAACUAUAUUUUUUUAAUUC